CAGGGUAACUUUCACUAACUAGAAAUCAGACCACAAGGCAUAUUCAUGAUAGUGUCUUGAAUAUUGUCAAGAUAUCUUAGACUGAACCACCUGAAUAUACAGAAACUCAGUUGAAGUUUUUUUUUUGUUUUGUUUUUCACUGAGAAAAGGAAAAGGAGAAAGAUUUCAUCCAUUGAUCAAAAGAUGGCAUUAUCAGAGAGUGAGAUUGGCAUGAAGGGAAGCAGCAUUAUAAAGGAAUGGAGUGGACAAGUCCAACCAGCCCUCAUCAUUUCCUUUAUUUUCCUCUUCUGCCUGGAGACCUGUCUGUGGAUCCGCAACCUUGCGCUUAAGAAAAGGCUGCCAGGGCCCUUUGCAUGGCCGUUAGUGGGCAAUGCCAUGCAACUAGGCCAAAUGCCACACAUUACCUUCACCAGGCUUGCAAAGAAGUAUGGCAAUGUCUACCAGAUCCGACUGGGCUGCAAUGACAUAGUGGUGCUGAAUGGAUACACAGCCAUACGACAAGCUCUCAUACAACAUAGCAAAGAGUUUGCAGGAAGACCAAACUUCAUCUCCUUUCAAGUUAUAUCAGGGGGGAAAAGUAUGACUUUCAGCAAUUACAGUGAACAGUGGAAGGAACACCGGAGAGUAGCUCAAACUACCUUGAGAGCUUUCUCAUCUGCAAACAGCCAGACCAAGAAGGCCUUUGAACAACAUAUUAUGGCAGAGGCCAUGGAUAUGGUUCAGAACUUUCUCAGACUGAGUGCAGAUAGAUGUUAUUUCAACCCGGCACAUGAAUUUACAGUUGCUGCUGCUAACGUCAUUUGUGCUCUGUGCUUUGGAAAACGCUAUGGGCAUGAUGACCCAGAGUUCAGGGUACUUCUAGGUAGGGUAGAUAAGUUUGGAGAGACAGUGGGUGCUGGGAGCUUAGUAGAUGUCAUGCCUUGGCUUCAGUCUUUCCCAAACCCAGUGCGAAGCAUCUACCAGAACUUCCAGACUAUGAAUAAUGAGUUCUUUGCUUAUGUGAAAGACAAAGUAGUGCAGCACAGAGACACAUAUGACCCUGAUGUAACUCGAGACAUUAGUGAUGCAAUCAUUAGUGUGAUUGAACAUGGAAAAAAUAACAUGUUAACUAAAGACUUUGUGGAGGGAACUGUGAAUGAUCUCAUUGGAGCAGGGCAGGACACUGUAUCUACUAGUAUGCAGUGGAUUUUGCUGCUCUUAGUGAAGUACCCAGCCUUGCAGACCAAGCUCCAGGAGCAGAUUGAUAAAGUGGUUGGCCGUGACAGACUGCCCUCAAUGGAGGACAAGAGCAACCUGGCCUACCUUGAUGCCUUCAUCUAUGAAACUAUGCGCUAUACCAGCUUCGUGCCUGUCACCAUCCCCCACUCUACCACCACAGACGUCACCAUCGAGGGCUUCCACAUCCCCAAAGACACAGUGGUGUUCAUCAACCAGUGGUCUGUGAACCAUGAUCCACAGAAGUGGCAGGACCCCCACAUCUUCAAUCCCUCAAGGUUCCUGGAUGAAAAUGGAGCCCUUAACAAGGACCUGACCAACAGUGUAAUGAUCUUCUCUACAGGUAAGAGGAGAUGUAUUGGUGACCAGAUUGCCAAGACAGAGAGCUUCUUAUUCUUAGCUAUUCUGCUGCAUCAGUGCACAUUCAAGAGUAACCCCUCUCAGACUCUCACUAUGGACUGCUCAUAUGGGUUAACACUGAAGCCUGUCGAAUUUACAGUUACAGCCAAACUAAGAGGGAAACUCCUUGGCCUUGUGUCACCAGCAUAAAUUAAAGAAUGUCUUGCCAUCCUCUGAUUUUAUGAUUCAAAGUGAGCAAAGACUGAUACAUCUUCGAAUAUAUGACCUAUAACAGCAAGUAUUAAUAAACAAGUACUGAAUGUUGCUGUAUAUUUAAUAUUUAAAGAUAUUCACACAUUUUUAGGCAAGGUGUAUCUUUUAUUAAUGGGAAAAAAUGCUCAUUUUAAAGGAACUGAGACAGUCUCCAUCUCUUCUUGACUAUAUAGGUAAAAUCUGUGUAAUAUUUUACAUUCUGUAUUCAGCAUCCUGUGUCUAAAUAAUGUAAGCUAUAUAAAAAAAACUUUCAGCAAGCAAUGCAUAAUUGUCAACAUUAUCAAAGUCUUCACAAUAUGGAUGUUAGAAUUGUUGACCUGUAGAAAACUGCUUUGAUAGCUUCAGGCUCCUCUUUGGGUUCCUGUGAUUUGAUGAUUUACUCAGAUUUGUAUAAAGACUUGUACAAGGAAUGUGGAUUAUGAGUACUCAUAACCAAUGUAUUUCAGGUAUUUUAAAUAUUAAUCAUCUACCUUAUACUGUAUGUAAAGCCAUCUACUGUAUCCAGAUUAAAAGAAUAAAUAGUGUGACAAUGUGUAGGUAGUAAGAAAGUAAUGAUCAUAAUCUAGUAGUUACCAUGCAGUAAGUGAGACAUUGCAUCACUGGGAUAAAUUACAGUACAUUUUAUUUUGUGGCGCUAAUGGAGAUUGUCCAUAAGAGAUCUUGGCAAACUGGAUCUACUGUACUUACGCUUUUUGUCCCAGAUCUUGUUUUUAUAUUUCACCUGUUAUUACAACACAACUCACACUGGUUUCCAGGAAGUUAAUCAUGAUGAAACAUUUUGUAAUAACACUUUUUAAAGUGGAAUUGUGUUCUAUGUAUUGAGAAAAUCAUUCGGCUGUUUUGAAGCCAAGGAAUAAAACUAUUUUGAAUGUUCAAGCAAGCAGCCAUAUAAAUUAUGCAUUCCCCCCCCCCCCCUUCUUUGUAGUAAUUGAAAAUACGCUAAUUUUGGAGUGAAUUAAAUAAAAACAAUGAUUUA